GCGGAGGAGGAAGUGACGUCACCGAGAGCGCGACGGGAGCGGGAGUGCUCCCAGUGCUCCCAGUGAGCCAUGUCCCUGGCUGACGAGCUGCUGGCGGACCUGGAGGAGGCUGAGGAGGAGGAGGAGGCCGAGGCCGAAGGCUCCGAGGGGGGAGAGGAGCCGCCCAUCGAGGACGUGCGGGACGAGCCCCGGACCCCGGAGGGCAGCGAGUCCGUGCGCAGCAUCGCCAAGUUAUGGGGCAGCAGAGCGUUUGUGGAGAUCAUGCAGAAGAUCGAGGAGUACAUCAGCAAACAGCCCAAAGCUGCUGAAGUUUUGGGCCCGGUGGAGGCGGCCCCCGAGUACCGAGUGAUCGUCGACGCCAACAACCUGACGGUGGAGAUCGAGAACGAGCUGAACAUCAUCCACAAGUUCAUCCGGGACAAAUAUUCCAAGAGGUUCCCGGAGCUGGAGUCGCUGGUGCCCAACGCGCUGGAUUACAUCCGGACGGUCAAGGAACUGGGGAAUUCCCUGGACAAGUGCAAGAACAACGAGAACGUGCAGCAGAUCCUGACCAACGCCACCAUCAUGGUGGUCAGCGUGACGGCCUCCACCACCCAGGGGCAGCAGCUGUCGGAGGAGGAGCUGAGCCGGAUCGAGGACGCCUGCGACAUGGCCCUGGCCCUGAGCGGGGCCAAGCUCAGGAUCUACGAGUACGUCGAGUCCCGGAUGUCCUUCAUCGCCCCCAACCUCUCCCUCAUCCUCGGGGCCUCCACGGCCGCCAAGAUCAUGG